AGUAUGCCGGUCAUCCUCGUUUUACGCCCUCCGUGACCGUGGUGCUCGCUUCUGACAGGAACCAUGCAGGUCGCCAUGGAGAUCACCGCUCGCUCUUGCGGUAAAGAGAUGGAGGAGUAUGGCGCGUGCGUGGCCUCGAACCCGUCCUCGUGGCAGCAGCAGUGUCAGCAUUUGAAGGCCAAGGUGGCCGAGUGCACCUCCUCGCUUCCGGUGAUCCAGAAGAUCCGCUCAGUCUGUUCGGUGGAGUUUGUGGAGUUUGAGCGCUGCCUGCGGGAGCACCAGGCUUCUACUGACUCCUGCUCUGCCCACGUGUCCCGCUUCUUGGCCUGCGCGGAAACUGUGGACCUCAGUGCCAGUGGAAAGGGGGCACUGUGACACUGCUUUCAUAGAACUCAGCCCUAUCUCAUACCCCUCUGGAUUUCCUCAGCCCUGUUCCGCUGUCCACAUCAUGUGGGACUUGCAGUCUGCCUGAGGACAGAAUAGCACCAAAGGAUGAUCCCGAUGCAUGGUUCUCUCAAAGGGCACGUGGAAACCACUCGUUAGUUUGUGCGUGCAAGGGGAGCUUGCGUGCGCGCACCCGAAGGACAGUGAUGCAAGACAUCCUUGGAUUAAUCGUAUGUUUAAGCCUUGUGUCCACACGGGAGCUUGGUAGAGGAGAUGGCUGUAUAGAUCAUUUAUGUCACUUUCCAGAUGCUUAAAAAGACCUCUCUGGUCACAGUAAAAGGGUGUAAGGAUUACCAUGUGUCCUUUAGGAGUUUGUGCGCAGAUGAUUUUGUUGAGUAGCUGUGAUAGCGGAGGAAGUUUUUUCCGGUGCGUUUGGUCUUGAGAAUAUGUGGCCGGGAUACAAGUGUGUGCCGUUUUACCCAUAAUUUAGUAAUAUGGAUUUGAAUUGUCUCCAAUUUUUUUGUAUGUGUUAUAAAUGAGGACUGUGAUUGUCUGUGUGUUUCUUUUCCGUCUCGGACAGGUUGCGUAGGUCAGUGUGGUUGUGAGCACGCUGAAGGAUACACACGCCCACUUGCAUCCAGACACCUGCCUACCUUUUCCUAACCCUGGCUUUUAACGCACAUUCCUGGGUUUAAUAAUACAUUCUCCUCUG